AAGCUGCUGUCAUCAACACAGGUGUGAAUGAGAUCUAAAGAUCCAGCUAAGGAAUCAACCUUCCACGUCAGUUUCGGACUGCACAGGUGGUCCAACAAAGAAAAUAUGAAUAGCUCAAUGUUUCCAAGCCUUGUGUUUCUAAAUUUAUCGUUGCUGAUCUUCACAAAUGGUGUAUUUGGUGUUGAGACAGAAGAUGUGUGGGGGAUGGAGGGGGAUCCUGUCACGCUACACACAGGGUUUGAAAAACAGAAAGAUGAUCUGAUAGUAUGGUAUUACGGACCUGAAAAAACUCUAGAUGUCCAAAUCAAUGGAAAGGCCAGUAAAACCAUAAUAGCUGAUAGGGUUGCUGGCAGAGUGCAGGUGGAUGGUCAGACUGGAUCUCUCACCUUCACAAACAUCAGAACCACAGACUCUGGACUUUAUAAUCUUAAGAUCAGCAGCAACAAUAGGGUUUCAUACAAGAGAUUCAGUGUUUCGGUCUAUGAUCAUCUUCCCGUUCCUGUCAUCAUCAGAGACACUUCACAAUGUUCUUCAUCGUCUGGAAGUUCAUCAGUGUCUAAAUGUUCACUGCUGUGUUCAGUGCUGAAUGUGAGUCAUGUGACUCUCUCCUGGUACAAAGGAAACAGUUUAAUCUCCAGCAUCAGUGUGUCUGAUCUCAGCAUCAGUCUCUCUUUACCUCUGGAGGUGGAACAUCAGGAUAAAAACACCUACAGCUGUGUGCUGAACAACAACAUCAGCAACCAGACCAAACAUCUGGACAUCAGCCAACUCUGUCAGCCGUGUGCAGGUUCUUACUUUCCAGUGUUUUUAAUUCCAGUGCUGCUUUCUGUAGUAAUAGUACUAGUGAUCGGAGCUGUGAUAUGCUUCAGGACAAAGAGAGGAGGAUAUCAAAAAGCCAACUUGAUGCAAUUUGGAUACACUGAAACCAUCACAGAAGCUCUGACCGUCAAAGAAAGCAAACACAAAAUCCAGCAACAAGUUUGAAGAUGCAAACACAGGGAUUCAUGGAUUCUAGCUAUGGUUGUUUUUUUCUUUCCUCUCUUCAUUGAUAUCACUUAUCUCCAGCAGCCUGAAUCAUUUAAAUUUUUCUAAUCUCUGAAAUGUUCUAAUAAAUAGAUCAUUUUUCCAGUAGGUAAAGCCGAAUCUAAAGGGAUAGUUCACUCAGAAAUUAAAAUUCUGUCAUCAUUACUCAC